UCUGAUAGCCGGUCGCUUUCGCUGACGUUUUCAGUGAAAUUUAAACAAGCUGGACCAUUUUCGCGACCGAAAUUUUGUUAUCAUUCAACGUAGGCAAUUCGCUUAUCAUCGGAGCUGUGCUGUGCCGUUACCAUACAGAUAUCGAGCGGUUGUUUGGAGACCCGUGGCGCGCUCUAUCGGCGCGGCGAAGAGUGACGCGAGCGGGACGCGCGGGGCGAGGAUCGCCUCCCCCUACUUCAGUUUCUGCUGUGAGAUCAUACGAGGAGGCCGCGUCGCUCGUCACCAGAUCGAGGGACGUUCGCGCGGCAACUUUAAACUGUGACUGUGUGUGUUGACAAGAACAGUGUACUGGAUUGCGGUGCCUAGCCAUUUGGAUGCAGUGAUCGGAUCACACUAAGAGGAUUGCAGUGUUUUUCUUGGAUCUGUUGUACAAAUUUGGCCGGCAAACUGGGGAUGCACAAGAUGGGCCUCGGCGACAGCGUUUACGCCGCCGAGCGUAUCAUGAAGAAGAGAAUUAAAAAGGGCAAGGUGGAAUACUACGUGAAAUGGAAAGGCUGGAAACCGAAGCACAACACCUGGGAGCCGGAGGAGAACAUUUUAGAUCCCAGGCUGAUCCAAAGCUUCGAGAGGGGAGAGGAUUCCAAAAGGCCAGGGAGGGAAAGGAAACGCGAGCGCGAGCACUCGCCCGAGAGAGCCCGAAGCGGGUCCGACGAGCGCGGACCGCUGCCUGGCAAGCGCAAGGCGCAGGUCCUAUCGCAAGAGUCGGGGAAGAUUGGAGUCACUAUCACUAUGAGCCCGCAGAGGAAUCGUGCGCCACCGCCGGUGCAGCCACCACCAGCCGCGCCGGCCGGAGGCGCCGCCGCCCCCGCCUCACCCGCCGCCGAAGCGGCCGCCCCCAAAACAGGCCAGAGACGAGUACCGCAUUCACCCGAAGAAGCCGACGCUCACACGCCCCCUGAGCGCGAAAGGCGCACUCAGACGCAGCCUGAAGCGAAAGCCCCCGCGGAGCCUAAAGGUGCGCGACCACCGCCACCCGCACCUCAAGAAGACGAGGAUUCCUGGAGCGAACCUCCUGUAGUUCCAGCCCCGCCCCCGCAGCCGCGCCGCGGCGCCGCCUUCUGGUUGGCGCGAUCUCCUGUGGCAGACCAGAUCUUCAUCACCGACGUCACAGUCAACCUUCAAACCGUCACGAUCCGCGAGUGCCGCACGGAGCGGGGGUUUUUUCGGGCCCGAGAAUCUCGCCCCCUCGAUGUCACGUAGACUAUCGUGUAUUAAUUUAUUAGUGAUGGACAAUGUACAGUAGCUAGUUAUUUAGUGAUUACAACCGGAAUCUCGGCUCCCGUAGACCGUACACCCGUCUAAUGUGUGAAACUAUUUAGUUUACCUACUUAAUGCGUCGGAAUCGGAAUAUGACGAGGUUGUUAGUCACAGAACUUAGCAUGAUCCAUUACCGACGGAGUACGUAGACUGUCCCCAAAGUUUAUUGAAAGCCUAAUGCUGGACAAAGUGAUUGUCAAUUGUUAACUAUACUUAGAUUAUUUAGUUGUUAUUCAAUUGGUUCGGCUGUGGGCAUUAUAAAGGACGUUAAAUAAAAAUCUAAGAACAAUUUGGCUAAAAAAUGUACUUAUGCAAUAAUUAAUUCACUAAACAUGAAUUGCUAACGAUAACGAGCCUUUAUAAAUCCCAAUUUAGUGAAAUCUAAUAUUGGUUUGUAUGAUAAAUGUACAAAUGUCAGGACCUGCAACUAAAUGCCAAGUGACUACAUGGUACCUAAAAUGAUCGUGAUUCAUCUGUUUGUAACUGUUAAGCACGCUUAUAAAUAUGUAUAUACAUAUAUACAUAAUUUGCCCAGUGUCUUCAUACGGCCUAAUUCCAACAAUAUGUCUAAGGCACGCCGCAGACAGUCUGAAUAAUUCAUAAUCUUAAAAAAGAUUUGUAUGCAACCUGUCAGUUCAAACUGACAGAUCUGUCACUUUGAACUGACAGGUUGCAUUGCAUACAAUAUUUUUUAAGAUUAUGAAUUUUUCGGACUGUCUGUGGUGUGCCUCAGAUAUCACAGCCCUACAAUACGAAGCGUCCUUGUCAAGUGAAGACGAAGAAAUUUUGUUGGAAUUGGGCCGAUAAUCAUUUCACUCAUAUUAUUGGCAUGGCAACUACUUGAAAACGGAUUAUGUAAAGUAACUAGCUGUUCAUGUAUUUUAAAUAUUUAUUCGUACUGGAAAUAAACAUGAAAUAGAUUAUUUUAAAUUAAAAUGUCACUUGUAUCUAACUUUAUUCAACGACGAAUUAAUUUACAGUUGUUUUAUUUUAAUAAUUGUUGUUGUUAUUUAUGUAGUCUUGAUUUAAUUGAAUGAUUAGUAUAAGUUAUUUAUGCAAUUCUUUGAAUUCUCAAUUCUCAACACUGCCGAAGAGCAUGUUUAGUUUUAAUACUUUUAAUUGAUCUAAUCAUUGAAUAUACAAGUUGAAAGAAAUUUAAUCAUGCUCGGAGUAUUAAAACGAUCGAUACAGAAUAUAUUUCUUCAAACAUUAAAUUAAAAAAACACUGAAAAAGUGUAAUUAGUGGCUGUUGAUAUAUGUAUAUGAUAGAUUACAUUAUGAUACCUACGCAUUUAUUUCUUAUAAAAAUGUCAAGGAAACUUGUCAUAAGAAUGCACUCUUAAGGCAAGUAGGUACAGUCAACCAAUUGGAACCCUAGGACACUCUACAACCAUGGUGUGUCAAAAUGACAAGCAGUAAGAGAUUUCUUACAAUAUCAAUGUCACUAUGACAUAGUUCUACAGUGGCCUAGGGUUCCAAUUGGUUGACUGUACCUAAACACUAGUUGUGUAUCUGGACGGCUGCGUCUGCGUCUUCUAAUGAGGAGGCACACUCAAAGGUUAUGACAGAUGGCGCCACCUUAUUAGUGCAUUGCACAGAGAAAGAAUUUAAUACGUGAGAGCGAGAAGAUGAUUUUUUUUUCUCUUACACAUAUAUGAAUGACAGUGACAUGGCUAGGCACUUGCACAGGCGCCCCUGGCGGGAUAAAAUGUCAGUGCCUCCUCAUUUUUUUUAGAAAAUGGAGCCAUAGUCAUGCUACAUACUUAUGUGUCACCUGGGGCCUAUUGCAUAACAAGUUACAACUCAUAUUACAAGCGGUAGUCCCCCUCCAAUUCAUUUUAUAAGAAAGAGAGUUCCACUUGUAAUACAAGUUGUAAAUUGUUAUGCAAUAGGCCCCUGGCCAUUAGUCAUUAUUGGCCUAUGGUGACAGUACCUUUGGUGGCUUGCAGAAUGAACUAUUUGUUGUACCUAUGUCAUAAAUAUAAUUUUGUUCUGUGGUAGUAAGUUAUUUUAGUUAUUACAUUUUAAGAUUGUAUAGCACGGACGCUAGUAUUGUGUUCCUUUAAACUUUUAUUGUUAUUUUGGUUCCUCUUUAUCAAUAAGGAAUUAAGUAUCUAAUCUUGGAUGGAUUGACUUGACA